AUGUCGCUGGGGAGCAAAAAAAGAUGGUAUGAAUAUAAUACACAACAUAAGAUAAUUAAUUCUUCUGAUCAAUUGUCUAAAUUCAUACGACUUAUUUUAGUCAAUGCAUCUUCUGAACAAUGGUCUACAUCAUUAACCCUAAAUAAAUAUAUUAAUCAUGCUUUAACUGUAACACAUAUUCAUCAUAUAGAAAUUCAGGAACAUAUUUUUAUUGGUACAUUAAGAGAAAUUUUAUAUUUAUUACCUGAACUUGAUUCAUUAGAAAUUUUUUCUUUAUCAUUUUCACAAUCAACAUGUUUGUCGAGGGAAGAAAUUGAAGAUCUUUUAUUUUUAUCAACUAAAAAUCGAAUUACAAAACUUUGUUUAGAAAGGAUAAGUUUGAUAGAAGAAGUUUAUUUCCUGAUUGAAAUUUUUCCUCAUAUCAAUCAUCUUCAAAUCAAUUUGAUUCAUUCUAUGGAUAUUGAGUUAUUUGUACGACUUGUUUUAAUGCAAAUUAUGAUCAAAUCUAAUCAUCCACUUCGUUUAUUAUGUUUUUGUGUAGCAGCAGCCGAUGAUGAAAUGGUUCAAAAAUUAGAAAAAAUGAUCAAUAUAGAGAAUCUACUUGUUGAUUUUAUAGUUAAACGUGUAAUGAAUGAAAUCUAUUUACAAUGGAAAUAA